GCGCAAAAUUGCAGGAAAGUUGGGUGGGCCUUGUAUAAGGCAGAUGAUAUGAAGAAGCUGAGAGAAACAUUGCACGCAAGGUUAAAUUCGUUGAACCUAUUGCUGGUGGCCGCUAAUCUCCCAUCGGUACUGGCGACAUCACAACGUACGUAGCAAGUGACGAGCAAUCAGUUCCGGAAGAGCACCGCGCGUCGACCACCCGAAACGACUCAUUGCAGCCAGAUAUUCCGCACGUGCUGGCCGCAUCGAGUAUCAUGGAGCCGGCUCCCGCUACAAUACCACAGCCUAUUAUUUCAGGCAUUGACAACGCGGCAACGGUGUUGGAUGUCGAUGUCCAAUCGCCUAUCUCAUCAACGGAAGCUCAAUCGGCACGGGAUGCUGUAAGCAUGUCCUAUGCACCUAUCUCUCUGACGACGUUCUCGCCUACAGAGAUAGUAUCAUUGGUCACCGACUCUUCCCGGCGCUCGACGAGAAUAAAAGAGAUCGCAAUGCUAUUGCGUACAUUGAUGCGAAUGGGAGAGUGUCAACUAGACCUAGUCGAUUCCAACGAAUUUACCUCGCUAGUGGAUCAAAUCUGUGAGAAAGAUAUACCCCUUUACAACCGACCUGCAGUAGUCUUGUCAAAAGCACCCAUCAAGUUCAAGGAUGCGGUCGGCCGAAAGUUUAGCUUCCCAUGGAACUCAUGCAAGACAUGGAAGGGGAUGGAAGAAUUGAUUAAUCAAGCUUUCUUACAUGUCGAUGUGAUUGGACCACACGUACACGAAGGACACUAUGAUCUCGUCGGCCCUGAUGGUGAGAUUAUCCUUCCACAAGUGUGGGAAGAAAUGAUACAGCCCGACUGGGCUAUCACCAUGCAUAUGUGGCCGAUGCCUGAACUGCCAUCUCUACCGCCUGGUGGUCCUCUACCCCCUCCUCCUCCUCCGCCCCCCAACACGGAAAUGUUCAAGUCUUCACACCUGCUGAUAGGAAAGCGAAGACCACGAAGAAGACGACAGCCAUCGGUUGACGCAGGUUCAUAUCAUGAGACACCUCUGGUAGACUUGCAAACGCCGCAAUCCCCUUCACUCACAGGAACAUUAGUCAUGAACACUGGUUACCGACUGUCUUCAGAAACUGACCACGGGUCUACUCAAUCAGCGUCGCAAACGAGCUGCACGUCCAUAUCAGAUGAGGACGUCGUGGAAGAAUGAGCAAAAGACUGGAACGUGAAGUUGUAGCAGAAAGCAGCGUGGCAAAUACAUCACUGUAAAAUGGAAGCUUUCAUGCCCACACAUCGGAGCGCGGCGGAGACAAUAC